CGUUUGAUUUCUCUUCCUUGAUCUUCCCUUUACAAAAAUUGACAAUCUGCCUUCUUUCCAAAUCUAUAUAGAUCUAUAUAGUCCCAACUUCUUAAUCUAACCUAAAAAUUGGCAAAGAGUAUCAAUGUACCGAUUGAACUACCAUUAUAAUAAAUUUGGAUUUUUUUAAAUGCACCCAAUGUAUAAAAAAUACUUGUUUAAGACUAGUACAAUAUUUGGAAAUUUCUAUUUUCACAUCCACAAAUAUUGGCUUUAUCUCUCCGAUGAUCAAAUGAGCGCAGAAUUUUCAUUGAAUUUUGAAAUACAUUGACCCAACAGUGUGGACAACAACAUUCAUUAGUAAUUAGUUCAAAAAAUUUUGGUGAAGUACAUUUCAUUUUCAAAAAAACAAAAACAAUAUAAAAAUGUAAAAUAAAACAAUAGAACACAACAACCACAAACAAUACAAUACUUAGUAACACUCACCUAAAAAACAGGUAAACAAACUAUUCAAUGCUACCAAAAUAUCAUCAAUAUUUUAAUUGAUAUUUAAUGUAGUGGGAUUUUUUCAAACUAGCCGAAAAUAUUUUUUCAACCAUUUUGGCACUCAACGAAAUUUGUAUAAAAGUAAAAAGCAUGGCAAUUAUAAAUUCAGUUGUGAAUUUGAUGGUUUGCGAAUAAAGCCUGCUUAAAAUAAAUAUUAAAUACAAAAAAUAUUGUUAACAAAACUAAAAUUCGACAAACAAAAUAUUUAUAAUAUUUAAAAUAACAAAAAAAUCACUUUUCAAACUUACAUUAUGUCCAACACACGCGUCGCCCACUCAUUGAACUCGCGCAUCCUUGUACUACUGCUCCUCACGCUGUCAUACGCUUGCAAUACAAACGCACAAUACGGUUAUUAUCCGGGUGGUGGUUAUGGCGGUUACGGUGGCGGCGGUUAUGGCAGCGGUUACGGUGGUCUUGGCUAUGGAAGUGGUUAUGGCGCUGGCGGCGGCAACGCUUAUGGUGGCUACCCCGGCUAUGGUGGCUAUCAGCAAUAUCCCUCCUACUAUGGUGGCGGUUAUGGCAAUACGUAUCCGUGUUAUGGUGGCUACUAUUGUAGCGGUGGUUAUCCUAGUUUUGGAGGUUAUCCAUUUUACGGCAAUGGCAUGAUGUUCUGGACGUGUCUCUUUAUUUGAUUUUUUUCAGAUACCGCAUACGCCAGCAGUAGCGGUGGCGGUAUGGCCAGCGCAUCGGCUAGCAGUGGCGGUGGUGCCGGCUACUUUGGUUAAUUGGGGCGCAGAGUGGCAGCAAACGCGACAAUAUUGCUAGCUUCGUUGCAGAAGUACAAAAUUUAUACUUGAAAUUGUUCAAAUUAUAAUUUAGUUUAAGUUAAAUUAAUUUAGUUUGUAAAUAAGUUGUUAUAUUGUGCAUUAAACUGUGUUGUUUGCUCAUGCUCAUGUUUAGACUUAGUAUUGUAAGUGCUUUCAUUGCAUGUUGUGGCUAAUGGAUUGAAUUCAAUACAUUUGUUGUAAUACAAGCUGCAGUUGCAAAUAAAGUUAUUUUAAA